UCAUCAAACUGUUGUGAUCAUGAUUUCAAAAACAAUAUUCCUGUUUGUCUUUGGGGCGACCAUAGCGUCAGCCCAAUUCAUGCCAAGGCUGAUAAGGCCCACAACCUACGAUAUGUCCCUGAUGCCAUAUCUGCGCUCAACCGGCUGUCCCUCAAGUCCUGCUUUAGCACCCGUCAUCUGCCAAUUCAUGCAACCAAACCUGGGACUCGUUAAACCACAACUGAUCAAGCCUACAACAUACAUCCCACCAUUAGUAGUCGAGAAAUGCGACGAACCUCAAUUAGAAAUCGAAUUGCCACCAUAUAAACCCAUAGUGAUUCCUGAAGCGCCUAUACUACCACCAAUCACGCUCCCGAAAUUCCCGGUACCUGUGAUACCAGAGCCUUUACCACCGAUGCCUAUCGUGGAGCCUUGUGAGCCAGCUCCUGUCGCAGUUUCGUCAGCUAUUAGCGUACCAGUUGGGCCUAUGCUGCCACCGCUCGCGAUGCCUGCUUUGCCUGAGAUUAUCGAGUAUCGCGGAGCUGAUAUAUCCGAGACUGUGAUAAAUGGGGUCGGCUAUGAAGGUAUGCUGGUUCCUGAAGCUCCGACAGUUGUUAUUCCUGAAGCCAUGCCGGGAUCAGUUGUUAAGCCCUUAUCAAACUCUGCACUAGCGGUACCUGCUCUGACUGAGAUUAUUGAGUACCAUGGAGCUGAUAUAUCUGAGACGGUGAUCGAUACUGAUGGGCUCGACUAUCAAGCUAUGUUGGUUCCAGAAGCUCCGACAGUUUUAAUUCCUGAGGCCAUACCUGGAACAGUUAUCAAGCCUUUAUCCAUCCCGCCGGCUCCUGUGCUUCCUCCAGCACCUCUGCCCGAAAUCCCCAUUCGCGAACCUGUCCCCGAAAUUCCAGUUCGCGUAGAAAUCCCUGCACCGAUAAGGCCACCGAUGUUGAUUGAGGAACCUUGCAUUACUGACGUCAUAGUGCCUGAGCGUGUACCAAUGCCAAUUGCUCACAUGCCAGUCCCACAUCCUGUGCCAAUGCCAAUUGUUCCCAUGCCAUUUCCACGACCUGUACCAAUGCCUAUCGUUCCUGUCCGUGAGCCAGUAGUAGCUGAACCUUGCGAGCCAGCGAUUGCGCCAGUGGUGAAGUUGCCUGCGCGUCCAGUCUUGAUGCCUGCCUUCCCUGCACCAGCGACUGGGCCGGUCUUGUUCCCUGCUCGCAAUAUGUUCGUGAACCGGAAUGUUGUGGUUUCGUCGUUACCAUACAAUCCGUACAUGCGUCGCAUUUAAGAAUGGUCCCAGUUUCGAAAUAAAUAAAUUGAAAAGAGUAAUGUUUGA